AGAAUUCAGAGUUUGAGCGCCGGUUUUUCCCACAAAGCGUUAAAUACCUGUUGAUUGUCGUGUUUUAAUCCCAAAUGAAAAAUUUUAAUAAAUACUGAAAUUUCAGACAUGGGUUCUCGCCCCGAUUAAAAAUGUCCGGCGACUUCCAACUCUUCCUCGGCUCACUUCUACACAACGACAGCCUCAACCUAACCGAGGCCCAACUCCAGGAAGCUCUCCGGCACCUGGAGCUAAUGGGAAAUGUCUCCGAGAGCCGACAACAGGUCGACUGUGGGGGCGAAUUCGAAAUUGUGGCCAGGAUUUACGCCCAUGAGUACCAUCCCUACCUGGCCAUCGCCGUCUGCCUCUUCGGCACCGUCGCCAACAUUCUCAACAUCGCAGUCCUCACAAGAAAAGACAUGGCCUGUGCACCCAUCAACCGCAUCCUAAAAGCCUUGGCCGUAGCAGACAUGAUUCUCAUGAUCGAGUACAUACCCUACGCCUACUAUGACUACAUUUUCGUGAAGAAAAAAAUGGACUUUCCGUAUCCGGGAGCCGUUUAUAUGCUCUUCCAUGCACACAUUACGCAAAUUCUUCACACGACGUCGAUUUGUCUUACGCUCACGUUGGCGAUAUGGAGAUAUUUAGCGAUAGGGUACCCCCAAUACAGCAGCAUCCUGUGCUCCGACUCGCGCUGCACCAUCGCCAUCAGCCUCAGCUACAUCAUCCCCAUAAUCCUCUGCAUCCCCAACUUCAUCACAUUCACCAUCAUCGGCGAGGAAAUCACCGAGGACAACCAGCAGGUCAUCCUCUACCACACCGACCUCACCGACACAUUUAAGAACGACCGCUCCCUCCUGCGGCUCCAAUUCUGGACCUACGCCGUGUUCAUGAAACUCCUCCCUUGCUGCAUCCUCACGGUGAUCAGCCUCUGGCUCAUCUACACCCUCUUCAAGGCCAAGAAGCGCAAGCAGGUGCUGCGGGGCUACGACUGCGUGCCGCUGCGGGCCCCCCGCGAGACCAAGAAGAAGGCGACCAAGGCCGAGCGACGCGCCGACCGCACCACGAAGAUGCUAGUGGCGGUGUUGACCCUUUUUCUCAUCACGGAGUUCCCACAAGGGAUCUUCGCACUGUUGAUCGCCAUCAAAGGCAAGGAUUUGUUCGUCAGAUGUUACUUGCUGUAUGGGGAGAUUAUGGAUAUUCUAGCGCUGAUUAACGGCGCCAUCAACUUCAUCCUCUACUGCUGCAUGAACAGGAUGUUCAGGACCACUUUCGGGCAGCUUUUUAAGCAUAAAAUUCUGGCACAGUGGGCCCCCUCGUCCGAAAUGCACACGACGAUUUUUGUUACGUUUCAGGAUGUCGGGAAAUGGAACGCAUGCGACUGAACUGUGAACAAUUGUUGUCUAGUGAUAAAUUAUUAUAAGCUUAGAUAUUAUCAAUGUGAAAAAUACAAGUUUACUUGAG